AUGGACACAAGAAACGAUGGACACGGUGACGACAUUGAACUUAGCGUUCAGGGAGCGAGCAAAGCCAGCGACGCACCGAAGAAGUCAGAUUUACCAGAAAGAGGAUCAUGGGCCAGCAAAUUGGACUUCAUCCUAUCGGUUGUCGGCCUCGCCAUAGGCUUGGGCAACGUGUGGAGAUUUCCUUACCUAUGCUACAAAAAUGGGGGUGGCGCGUUUCUUAUCCCAUACUUCCUCACGCUGAUCCUUGCUGGUAUACCCAUGUUCUUUAUGGAGUUGGCUAUGGGACAAAUGCUUACGAUCGGUGGCUUGGGAGUCUUCAAGAUAGCGCCUAUAUUUAAAGGAAUCGGAUACGCUGCUGCUGUUAUGUCAUGUUGGAUGAAUGUAUACUACAUCGUGAUUCUGGCGUGGGCCAUAUUCUACUUCUUCAUGUCAAUGCGUUCAGAUGUGCCAUGGCGUAACUGCGACAACUACUGGAAUACGGAGACCUGUGUGAACCCCUACGACCGCAAAAACCUGACUUGCUGGUCAUCCAUGGACAUGACUACCUAUUGUACCUUGAACGGAAAGAAUAUUAGCAAAGCCAUCCUUUCCGAUCCAGUUAAGGAAUUUUGGGAACGCCGAGCCCUUCAAAUUUCAAGUGGAAUAGAACACAUUGGUAACAUUCGCUGGGAGUUAGCCGGUACUCUUCUCCUAGUUUGGGUGCUUUGUUACUUCUGCAUCUGGAAGGGAGUGCGCUGGACUGGAAAAGUUGUGUACUUCACUGCACUGUUUCCUUACUUCUUGCUUACAGUUCUCCUGAUCAGAGGAAUCACACUGCCUGGUGCUAUGGAGGGUAUCAAGUUUUACAUUAUGCCCAAUAUGUCGAAGCUCCUGGAAUCCGAAGUCUGGAUAGAUGCUGUCACCCAGAUCUUCUUUUCGUAUGGUUUAGGAUUGGGAACUCUCGUCGCUCUGGGAAGUUACAAUAAGUUUACUAAUAACGUUUAUAAGGACGCACUAAUAGUCUGUUCAGUAAAUUCGAGUACAUCAAUGUUUGCUGGCUUCGUCAUAUUCUCUGUGGUAGGUUUCAUGGCACAUGAACAACAAAGACCCGUUGCUGAAGUAGCUGCAUCAGGUCCUGGUUUAGCCUUCCUUGCAUAUCCAUCAGCGGUUCUGCAACUCCCUGGAGCGCCUCUCUGGUCUUGUCUCUUCUUUUUCAUGCUGCUCCUCAUCGGUCUUGACAGCCAGUUCUGUACCAUGGAAGGUUUUAUUACUGCUGUGAUCGACGAGUGGCCCAAGCUGCUAAGACGGAGGAAGGAGAUUUUCAUCGCUAUAACUUGUGUUAUUUCUUACCUGGUCGGGCUGUCUUGUAUAUCUGAGGGUGGUAUGUACGUCUUUCAAAUAUUGGACUCUUAUGCCGUAUCUGGUUUCUGUCUUCUCUUCCUUAUCUUCUUCGAAUGUGUGUCCAUCUCUUGGGCAUUCGGCGUGAACCGUUUCUACGAUGGCAUCAAGGAGAUGAUUGGUUACUACCCUACCAUCUGGUGGAAGUUUUGUUGGGUCGGCUUUACACCUGCUAUUUGUAUCAGCGUGUUUAUCUUCAACCUGGUGCAAUGGACUCCAAUCAAAUAUAUGAACUACGAAUAUCCUUGGUGGUCGCACGCAUUCGGCUGGUUCACAGCCCUGUCUUCGAUGCUGUGCAUCCCUGGCUAUAUGGUGUACUUGUGGCGGGUUACUCCCGGGACCCGAAUGGAGAAAUUCCACACGAUCGUUCGCAUUCCCGAGGACGUUCCAGCCCUUCGGACCAAGAUGCAGGCCGAGGAACAAGCGAAGCACGGAAAAGCCUAA